ACUUCAGCUGCACGGGCAGGCUUGUGGGGACGCAGCAACUCCGUCCAGAGAGCGGCUGAGUCAGCCAGCCGUCCCCACGGCUUUGGGCAGCCGCCGAAGGCUCCUGCUAGGCCCGGCUGGCUCACCGGGAAGUUCCCUGCCUCCGUCCAGUCAGCCUCCAGGAGGGCGCCGCCGGCCGCCGUGACUUCAGCAAGGCACUACUAUCUCCGUCAGCCGCCGCCUCGGCCAUCUUCCUGCCCGGAGUGCAACAAAAUCCGGCUCUGGCCAGCCUUCCAGCUGACGCCACUCUGCCAGGGCCCUGCAGCCUCGGAGCGGGAUAGAAGGAAGCCGCAGAAAAGACGCUGAAAGUUGGCGCUCGCUGACGCCCCGACGCGCUCCCUCCAUGACGCAUGCGCCCACCGGCCGUGAGCGCGGGUCCGGUCUCCGGUGACGUGGCGGUGAGGAGGCGGAGCCAAGAUCAGCGGCGGGAGGGUGGGGGAGGAAGAGCGAGGUGAGCGCGGACGUCAGACUGGAGAGCGGAAGGUCAGGGAGGCUCGGAGCGGAAGUGAGACUAGGGAGUCUGUCCGCCAUUGUGGACCCGAGAAGCAGAGAGCGAGAGGGGGAAGAGGAGCGUGCAAGCGGAAAAGACGGGCCUCUUCCUCCGACUCCCGAGCGCGAGGCCCUCAUUUUGGGUUCUCAGCGAACGGCGGCAGCGGCGGCGGCUGGAACAAUCACUCGGCCAAGGGCGACAGCCAACUGCUGUGAGUGCACGGGGAGAGGCCCAGGCAGCGGCGGCGGCGGCGGCUCUCGGGUUGCGGUGAAGAAUGUCAGCCACUAGCGUGGAUCAGAGACCUAAAGGGCAAGGAAAUAAAGUUUCAGUACAAAACGGUUCGAUUCAUCAAAAAGAUGCUGUAAAUGAUGAUGAUUUUGAGCCAUACUUAAGUAGCCAGACAAAUCAGAGUAACAGCUAUCCACCAAUGUCAGAUCCAUACAUGCCUAGUUACUAUGCUCCAUCCAUUGGAUUUCCAUAUUCUCUUGGGGAAGCAGCGUGGUCCACAGCUGGAGACCAGCCUAUGCCAUAUCUGACAACCUAUGGACAAAUGAGUAAUGGAGAACAUCACUAUAUACCAGAUGGUGUAUUUAGUCAACCUGGGGCAUUAGGAAAUACCCCUCCAUUUCUUGGUCAACAUGGAUUUAACUUUUUUCCUGGUAAUGCUGAUUUCUCUACAUGGGGGACAAGUGGAUCUCAGGGACAAUCAACACAAAGUUCUGCUUAUAGUAGCAGUUAUGGCUAUCCACCUAGUUCUCUUGGGAGAGCUAUUACUGAUGGACAGGCUGGAUUUGGCAAUGAUACUUUGAGUAAGGUGCCUGGCAUUAGCAGUAUUGAGCAAGGCAUGACUGGACUGAAAAUUGGUGGUGACCUGACAGCUGCAGUGACAAAAACUGUAGGUACAGCUUUGAGCAGCAGUGGUAUGACUAGCAUUGCAACCAAUAGUGUGCCCCCAGUUAGCAGUGCAGCACCUAAACCAACCUCCUGGGCUGCCAUCGCCAGAAAGCCUGCCAAACCUCAACCGAAACUUAAACCCAAGGGCAAUGUGGGAAUUGGGGGUUCUGCUGUACCACCACCUCCUAUAAAACACAACAUGAAUAUUGGAACUUGGGAUGAAAAAGGGUCAGUGGUAAAGGCUCCACCAACCCAACCAGUUCUGCCUCCUCAAACUAUAAUCCAGCAGCCUCAGCCAUUAAUUCAACCACCACCAUUGGUGCAAAGCCAACUGCCUCAACAGCAGCCUCAACCACCACAACCACAGCAGCAACAAGGACCUCAGCCACAGGCCCAGACUCACCAAGUGCAGCCUCAACAGCAGCAGCUGCAGAAUCGCUGGGUAGCUCCUCGUAACAGGGGAGCAGGCUUCAACCAGAACAAUGGAGCGGGCAGUGAAAACUUUGGUUUAGGUGUUGUACCUGUCAGUGCUUCACCUUCUAGUGUAGAAGUGCAUCCCGUGCUGGAAAAGCUAAAGGCCAUAAACAACUAUAAUCCCAAAGACUUUGAUUGGAAUCUGAAGAAUGGACGUGUGUUUAUAAUUAAAAGCUACUCUGAGGAUGACAUACAUCGUUCCAUUAAAUACUCUAUCUGGUGUAGUACUGAGCAUGGUAAUAAGCGUUUGGAUGCAGCUUACCGUUCCCUGAACGGGAAAGGCCCACUCUAUUUACUCUUCAGUGUGAAUGGCAGUGGACAUUUUUGUGGAGUGGCUGAAAUGAAGUCUGUUGUGGACUAUAAUGCGUAUGCUGGUGUCUGGUCUCAGGAUAAGUGGAAGGGCAAAUUUGAAGUUAAAUGGAUCUUUGUCAAAGAUGUUCCCAAUAACCAAUUACGGCAUAUUCGCUUAGAAAAUAAUGACAACAAACCGGUUACCAAUUCAAGGGACACUCAAGAGGUACCCCUAGAAAAAGCUAAGCAAGUGCUUAAAAUAAUUGCUACUUUCAAGCAUACCACCUCAAUCUUUGAUGACUUUGCACAUUAUGAAAAGCGUCAAGAAGAGGAGGAAGCCAUGCGUAGGGAGAGAAAUAGAAACAAACAAUAACCGUACGAAGAUGUCCUGUUAAAUUUACAACACUAACGAUGUAGACUCUGGAAAUGCCUAAUAAGUCAAAGAAGACGUAUUAAAGCUUUUUUCUGCUUAAGGUGACAUCUUUGAACACUUUAACACAAAGUUGACUCUUCUCGUAAUGGUUUUCAUCAGCGCAUCUGCCCUUAUACUCUUCACCAAACACACUUGAGAACUGUAACUUCGUCAAGCACUUUCUGUCCUGAAGCUUUUACCAGUAUCUGCUGUCUUUUGUAAUUAUGCAUCCUAGCUAAGGCACAGAAGACUGAAUGAAUGCAAGGAUUCAUUAACUCUUUGAAUUUGUUAAAUACUAACAGUUAACCAUUAGAAGUGGUUCAAUGAUGUAAGAGUCACACUGCUUCAACUUUUUCUUUGUUGUAGUUUUUAAAUUGUCGAUUUUUAGCUAUUUGACAGAUUAAAAGCAAAAUAAUCAUGCCAUAUUUAGUCCUGGAGUUCAAGUCUAAAUGUUGAUGUGAAAAAUUAUUGUAGUAAACUUUUAAUAUGGCAAAGCAACCUUAAGCUCUAUUUUAGCCAAAUGAAACAUAAUCUGAAAUUAUAUUAGAACAUUUCCCUUGUCUUCAAACUGUUUGGUGUAACAGAAUAUUGAUAUGCAGCUUGGUGGAUUUCACCAGUUAAUGCACAUUCUUCUUCCCUCCUCCCCCCAUUAAUAUGUAUACUGAAAAAUGUGCAUUUGUCUGAGGAAUUAUUUUGUUUGCUACCACUUAAUGAAUCUCAAAAUUUUGAGUAAAUGUACCUCAGUCUAAUCAGACUUUUUAUGACCUUUAUAACUACAUUUAAAACCCUUAAUUCCUAUUUCUGGGUGUUUGCGAGCCUGAUUGCUAUCAUGAAGUAAAAAUUUAUUACUCUAGGUAUUCACUAGCUAAAUAAACAUAGUUCUUGUUUAGCAAGCAUAUGUUGUUCCUCAGCUCUUUUCUCCAGCUUUUGCAGUGUCCUGGCAUCCUUAAAAUACUUUGAAAAUAUGGCCUUGAUCCAUGGAUUAAAUCAGUAUCUAAGUGAAUGUGUUGAUGUUUUAUUGAUCAGAUCUAUAUAAGUGGGAAUACAGCAUAUAUCUGGAUAUUCUUAUAGUUAUCUUUUUAACAUCUUAUUUUUUUCAUUAAUUACAUAUCAACAUUAAUUUUGUAUCUUGAAGCAAAUUGAUUUUGUAUAAUUAAAUGUGUCAAGCAUCUGUAUUAAUUGAUUUGAUGGCAUAAGGUUAUGAAAAUAAUGUACUGCCCCAUGUAUUACUGUUCCAAAAGGAGAAAGCUAUGUAGAAAGAUACAUUAAGGGUGAAAAUAGCAAUACAGUAGAUUUGAAUACCUUGAUGUUUUGCAUUACUUCAUUUAUGUUUACAUCAUGUUUAGAAAUGUUUUCAUUUACUGUGGUCUUUGGUCACUUCAGCUCAAAGACCUAGUGAUGGAUAUUUCUUUGAGGCUUUCAUUUAUAUAAUUUUAUUUUGUAAAAUGUUUUUUUUAAAUGUGCAAAUACUGUAUUCAAGUGAAAAAAAUACAGUAUUUGUAGAUAACCAUAGCUACUACACAGUUCUUCGGUAGUCCCAGUGUAGUUAUAUCAGUGUUUACUGAAGGGAACAUCAAAAUAUUAAUGGUAUAUUAUAAAAUAAAGACUUUCUUAAAGGAAAAUUGCACCUAUUUUACCUUUUUAAGAGUAAGCCAUGAAAUCUUGUAACAUGUCUCUUAACUAUUUAUAAUGAAAAGUGGCAUUUGGGUAUAGUCACCACAGCAAUGUUCUACAUCCCUAAGAUUAUCUAGGUAGGACAUGUCAAAGAUGACUGUUGUCAUUCUGGAGGUCCUAUUAGAGAAUAUUAUAAAAGGGUGACCUUGUAGGAAGGAUCUGAGUCCUCCCCUGAGGUUCUCUUUUUCUUGGUGCUUUAUUAGCAACUCUGGAUAUUUUUAUAAAACUAGUUACAUUAUAAACGGUUUCAAACAUGUUUAAUUUACAUUAGGUUUUUAUGUAAGAGUGUCAUGGAAGCACUCAGCGAGCAGGCUGAUUGCAAUAGACUCAGACAUGUGAAUAAAUGUAAUUGAGAGUCUAUUCAUGGUGAGGAGUACAUCCCAGUGCCUUUAACCUGGAUUUCUAAUCUUAAGUGAAAUGGGUGCAGCAUUCCUUUGGAAAAAAAAAAUCUUUUUAUUUUCAAGUGAUAAUUUUGUGUUUUUCUCAUAUAAGUUUUCUCCAGAGCACCCACCUUCUCUUCCUUCUUGGUCUGUCAUUAUAUUGCAAAAUAUUUUUCCUCUAAAUGAAAUUAUCACAGGUUGUCUCAAGCACAACCAACUGAAUGUCUCUUAACUGUGGGGACCAAAAGGGAGAGAGCCUGGGGUCUACAAGAGGAGACACAUCAUCAAAUGUUUGAAUGAUCACAAAUUAAGACAUUAUCAGCCCAGUAAAUUUCUCGCUUAAUGUUUUUCCAAGUUCUGGCUUGAAUAUUUCUUAUUAAAGCUAUCUUAUGUGGGUAUUUUAUUUUGAAAGGUAUUAUAGUUUGUAUAUUUAACAGUAAGGAGGAAACUGUAACCAAAAUUAGUAUUUCUCUAUACGUAUUGGUACUUGAAGAUUCCUUUCAAAAGAAAUCCAGCGUUUUCCUAAUUUUAGUACUUAAUUUCUCUUUUUAAUUUAAGUGAUCUUUCUAAUUCGAAAGCUGUGUUCUUUUUGAAUACCAUGCAUGGGGGUUAAGCUGAUGUUAAAACAGUUUGCAAUAAAAAAAAUGAAUCAGCUUAAGUCAUUUAAUCAUUUCAAGUGCAUUCUGCAUCCUUUAAAAAUAAGUUUAAGAAAUUUAAGAGAAUUGUGUUUUCAUUAAGUUUUGCAUAUCUUUUGUUAUGCCAUGUAAAUUCCCUUUUUCGUAUGAUUAAAGGAAGGUUAUGAUAAAAUGAUUAGUUCAUUUACAUUCACUUGUAGCAAUUACAUGAGAAUUUGAAUUUUGUCGUGUUUGGGUUUGUUCAUUCCUGUGAAUGAUGGUACAGUUAGGUGAGAUUUUCUGUUAUGGUACCCAAACUCACCAUUUGGUCCUCUUUAAUCUUUGAGGGUUUCAAUAAAAAUUGUUCACUCA